AUGGAGGGUCAUCGACAACUUUUGCUGGUGUUGCUGAGCUUUGGCGCUUUUGCCAUUAUACAUCUCGUUCAGGCUCAGUCUGAUCAACAAGGAUUCAUCAGUUUGGAUUGCGGUUUACCCGCUAAUGAGUCUCCUUAUACCGAACCUGUGACCGGAUUAGUAUUCUCAUCUGAUGUUGAUUUCAUUUCAACUGGUUUACGCGGUGAAGCUGGGGAUGAUAACACCUAUACCUACAGGCAGUAUAAGGAUUUGAGAUAUUUCCCCGACGGUAUACGAAACUGUUAUAACUUGAAAGUAGAGCAAGGCAUCAACUAUUUAAUAAGAGCCGGGUUCGGUUAUGGAAACUAUGAUGGUCUUAAUGUAUAUCCCAAAUUUGAUUUACAUGUCGGACCUAACAUGUGGAUCGCGGUGGAUUUGGAAUUCUCGAAUGAUGAUGAGAUCAUUUACAUGACAAAGUCCAACUUAUUGCAGAUUUGUCUUGUCAAAACAGGAUCAACAAUACCAAUGAUAUCAACCUUGGAACUACGUCCAUUAAGAAAUGAUUCCUAUAUGACGCAAUUCGGUCCCUUGAACCUCAUUUACCGACGGGCCUAUACUAGCAAUUCUACGGGUGUUAUACGCUAUCCGGAUGAUGUCUUUGAUCGCAAAUGGUCUCGAUAUGAUUGGUUAGAAACUGAUGUAAACACAACACUCAACGUCAGAUCCUUUAGUCCCUUUCAAGUACCAGAAGCUGUAAGUAGGUCUGGAAUUAUAUCCAAAAAUGCUACAAAGCCACUACUGAGAUUUUUACUGUCACUAGACGACGACAGUGACAGAGUUAAUGUGUACUUUCACUUCGCCGAGAUACAAGCCUUAAGAGCCAAUGACACUAGAGAAUUCGACAUUGAAUUGGAAAACAAUGUUAUUAAAUCAGCAUAUAGUCCGACGAUGUUACAAUCUGAUACCGUAUACAACCUAUCACCGCAAAAAUGUAGCUCCGGUUUGUGCUACUUGGAUCUCGUUAGAACUCCGAGGUCGACUCUUCCACCAUUGAUUAAUGCUAUUGAGGGUUACAAGGUUUUGGACUUUCCAUAUGCUGAAACAAAUCCAAAUGAUGUCGCUGCUAUGAAGGCCAUAGAAGCAAUUUAUGGAUUGAAGAUGAUAAGUUGGCAAGGAGAUCCUUGUGUCCCUGAACUAUUAAAGUGGGAAGAUCUAAAGUGCAGCUACGCAAAUAAAUCUACACCUCCAAGAAUUAUUUCCUUAGAUUUGUCAUCAAGAGGGUUAAAAGGGGUGAUAUCACCUGCCUUCCAAAAUUUAACCGAGCUUCGAAAACUGGACUUGUCAAAUAAUAGUUUUACUGGAGAAGUGCCUGAGUUUCUAGCCAACAUGAAGUCAUUAUCAAACAUAAAUUUAAAUUGGAAUGAUCUUACGAGUCCUCUUCCUAAAGUGUUUCAAGAUAGGGAAAAGAAUGGGCUAAAACUAACGAUUCAAGGAAAUCCAAAGUUGUGUGCUGAUGCCUCGUGCAAAAGUAACAAUCACAAGUACGUUGUACCAGUUGUUGCAUCGGCAGCUUCUGUGCUCAUCAUUGUAGCUGUGCUUAUUCUCAUUCUUGUCUUCAAAAAGAGAAGGCCAACGCAAGGUACUUAUCAUAGAUUUGAUUCAUUACCUACAGUUCAACAUGAGUUACCAAGUAGACCAUCAAUAUUUAAUCAGACGAAAAGGUUCACAUAUUCAGAGGUGGUAACAUUGACAGACAACUUUGAAAGAGUUCUUGGAGAAGGAGGGUUUGGAGUAGUGUAUCAUGGUUCUUUGAGUGGUACGCAACCAAUAGCUGUUAAACUACUCUCUCCAUCUUCAGUACAAGGCUAUAAGGAAUUCAAAGCAGAGGUUGAACUUCUUUUGAGAGUUCACCACGUCAAUUUGGUAAGUCUUGUUGGGUAUUGUGACGAAGAAAGCCACUUGGCCCUCCUUUAUGAGUAUGCACCCAACGGAGACUUAAAACAGCAUCUCUCAGGAGAACGUGGUGGCUCUGCUUUGAAGUGGUCAAGUAGACUAAAAAUUGUUGUUGAAACUGCACAAGGAUUAGAGUACUUGCAUACAGGUUGCAAACCUCCAAUGGUACAUCGCGAUGUCAAAACAACAAAUAUACUAUUAGACGAACACUUCCAAGCAAAACUCGCAGAUUUUGGCCUUUCAAGAUCUUUUCCAAUUGGAGGUGAAACUCAUGUUUCAACAGCUGUUGCUGGAACUGCUGGAUAUUUGGAUCCUGAAUAUUAUCGAACGAAUAGGUUGAAUGAAAAGAGUGAUGUAUAUAGCUUUGGGAUUGUAUUAUUGGAGAUCAUCACAAGUCGACCGGUGAUUCAGCAAACCCGAGAAAAGCCGCACAUAGCAGCAUGGGUGGGAUACAUGCUUACUAAAGGAGAUAUUGAAAACCUUGUGGAUCCAAGACUCAAUAAAGAAGAUUACGAGCCUGCUUCUGUUUGGAAGGCUCUUGAGAUAGCAAUGUCUUGCGUGAAUCCUUCUUCAGAGAAAAGACCAACCAUGUCUCAAGUUACUAAUGAACUUAAACAAUGUCUAACAUUAGACAACUCAAAGCGAGGAGGGAUCAGAGAAGACAUGGGAUCAAGAAGUUCUGUUGAAAUGAGCACAAGCUUUACAACCGAAAUUGCCCCCAAAGCAAGAUAACUUAUGACCAAAAAGUCUAGUGAUCCCUAAGUAUCCUUGAAGUUUAUAUUUUUGGUGGUCAUUUAUUGGUACAACAUUACAACUUCAUUGUAUUACUUCUGAGUGUGCUCGUACUCGUAUGCGACUAAGUCUAUUUAGUGUCGGUGUUUUGUUUUGUUUGGUUUGGUUUGUAUGAUUAUAUGGAAUAGUGGAUUUCAAAGACUGA